UCUUUGUUUUAUUAAGACUCGAGGGAAAGUGAAAACAAAACACAAAACACAAAACCAGUUCUUCCCUUAUUUCGUAAACAUGUCAAGCCACCAAGAAGAUCUCGAUCUCCUCCUCUCUCUUCAAGACCGGGUUUUAGAAACUCCUCCUGCUUCUCCUUCACCUGGAUAUCUAUCUGAUGACGGAUCUCCAAGGCAAAGAGGUCAAGUGGACAUGUCUGCUUUUAGAAAUGUUGUUAAGGACUGCCUAGAUUAUGAACCAAAACCCGUUGAUAAAACUGGAAAAUUGAACCAAUCAAAGAACUUAAACAAUCCCGAGGUUGAGAAGUUUUCUGGGCUGCGAAUUAGGAACCAAGUUCUCACCCCUGCAGAGCUUAGUGAGCGCUUUUCAGAUAUCCGAUUCGUUCGAUUAUCAACUAUAAAGAAUUUGUUGGAAGGAGACACUCUUUCAGGUUGUUGGGCAACUGUUGGAGUUUUGAUUGAGAGGGGCAAUCCAAAGACUAGUUCUAUCGGGAAGAACUAUUGUAUAUGGAAAAUUGGGUGCUUAGACGAGAAUGCCAUAUCUAUAUUUUUGUUUGGUGAUGCUUAUCAGCAGAACUUGAAAGCACAGGCUGGAACAGUUUUUGCACUCUUUAAUUGUACUGUACGCCGAGAUACCAAGGGACCAGGAUUUUCUUUGAGUGUGAGCUCUCCAAGUCAAACCCUUAAGAUGGGUACUUCAGUGGACCAUGGAGUUUGCAAGGGGAAAAGGAAGGAUGGGAUGGCAUGUACAGUUGUCAUAAAUAAACGUAAAGGGAUCUAUUGCAAAUACCAUAAAGUGAAAAUAUCAGAUCAAUUCUCCACCAUGCGGACUGAAUUGAAGGGAGGUAACUUAAGAACAGCAUUUAAGGAUCCUUACAAACCAGAAGGUGUUUACAUGGUUGACCCUCUAGCUGACAGAUCAAAUUCAACAAAGUCCAAACAGCCAGUGAAGGUGCUGUCAGUGGAAGCACUCAGAAACGCCUUAAGCAAUGCAGGUAAAGUGACAACAAAUACACAUUCACAAGGAAUAAGAUUUCUUAAUGAAGUUGCAGCUUCAGGGAAAAUGGCAUGUCUACAAAAAACUAGCUUAGACAAAAGGAAAUCAUCAACCGUGAAAACAAGUUCAUCUGGUGUAGACCAAAAGCCAGAUACCAAAAGAAAGAAAACUGAUGUAGACCAAGCAUUGAUGGACAAAACUAAGCAGGGAACUGGAAAGAUGAUUGAAUUAAACUAUGUCAGUUCAGACGAAGAAAAUUGAGCAUUGCUGUUAAUCCUCGCCACCUUGCUGCAUCAAUGAACUUUUUUUAGAGAAGUAAAAUUUUGACAAAUUGACUUUUGUCUUUUAUGGUACAAAACCAUGCCUUGUCAAGAUAAAACUUUGAAGAAUUAUCUACUGGUGGCUAAUCUCUUGGUCAAAGUUUUAAGGACUGCAGAUGUAGUUCAGGAUUGGAGGUGUUAGUUAUGAUGUCAAAUUAUGGAUGGUAAUCUGCAGUGGUCAGCACGGAUUAGUAGAGGAAGAUUAUCCUGGCUGUCAUUCUAUUUCUUUUAAGAAGACACUGCGCUCUGCAGAGUCAUUCAAGAUUAAUUUAACCCCUUCAAAACAAAUGAUUGUCCAGCCCAAGAAAUUCAUUUAGAGAAAAUAAAGAAAUGACAAGGUUUAGCAUGUCUUCCCAUUCUUGUGUUGUAUGCAGGAACUGUUUUACAAUGUGAAGAAUGUCAGGAACUCACCCUUCUCCUUUUCCUCUUAUGAUUUAUAAACCCCAAAGAAAAAACGGAGAAAAAUGAUGAUGAUAUAGUCAUACCAUGACCUACAUUUGACUUUUCUUCGGAAAGUUACGUGAUAAUUAUCUUGUACAUGAUGGUAAUGUGAACCUGGGCAUAGAGAUGUAUAGCUUAACUCUCUGCAGGUACCAAUUUUUAAACAUGUUAUUGUUUAACCUUACAUUGGAGCAAAAGAAUCCAGAGUACAAAUAUUUUAUCUGUUUUAUGUGCCUA